GCACAAAUGGAGCAAUAAAAACCAAAGUCAGCGUGACAUCGUAAGUGAAUUAUUAUUUUCCGAUGGAAAAUCAAUCGUAGCUUAGCCCUUAUGGUCUUAUCUGCGCCAUAUAACAAUCUUUGGCAUCUCUAAUAGAAAUUUGUGAUUAUUAACACAAAUAAUGGAUUUCAAAAUUUAUGAAGACGAUUUAGAGCAGUCUGUUACUAUGACAACCACGGAUAAUUCCCAGGAUUCAUUGAUGCAGAGAAAACGGGGCCGUUUGAAACGAUUCGCCCAUGGUCUAAAAGAUAAAAUAAAACCCAUGAAAUUAGGGAGGAAGAGAAUCCUAAGUAAUAGUAAUUGGGAUUUAUCAAAUGAAAAUGAUGAAGAGUUUGCAACAACUAAUGAAGCAAAGCUAUUAAAGCUAGGGGGCUCCCUAGGGGAUUUCCAAAAUGAGAAAUUGAACUCUAGACGCAGGAGUUAUAGCAUGCAAACAUUGUAUAACAUAAGUGAGAAUAUUGAUGAUGUUGGGCCCCACGGGGAUAGUCAAUCUAUUGGUAUUCGCAACAAAAGUAUCUGGAAUGAAAAUAUUAAUGAGAUAUCCGAAAACCAGAGACCAUCUAGUAAUGCAUCAUAUGGGAAGACAUCAAAUUCAAAUAUAAGCCUCCGUAGCGAACAUUCAUUUGAUGUAUCAGGCCGUACGUCGAGAUCCUCAGUGACGUCUCAGCUAGAUUCUGCGGAAUCAUCGCUAAAUGUGUCCUCUUUGGAGACAUCUGGUAACCAUAGCAACCAGGGCUUGAACACAAGUGCAGUUUCCGUGCAGUUAAAAAAGAAGCGAAAAUGGACGAAAGGAUUCACCGGGUUGUUCACAAAGCAUAUGAAACCACGGAGACACACAGUUGUCGUCGAUAAGGAUAUUCUUGAUAAAAUCCAAAAAGGCCCCUUGGUAGACACAUACCAAGACCCCUUAAACACAGAACAAAAUCAAUCUGACUUUAAAGCACAGAUCAAUAACCCAAAUGACCAGACCAGCGUCAGGAUAUCAGAUGUUGAAAUUACCCAAACUAUUGAUGUAAAGUUUCUACCAGCGGAAUGUGCAAUCACAGUGGGGGAUACUGAAAGUGAAACACCUGUAGUAGAUACAACUCAUCAAAAUAAAACAACUGAUAAAAUUAACACAGAAUUUGAAAGUGGAAAUACCGAACAAGAUAUUGUAUUCUUGGAUGAUGAAGAUGAAUUAAAACAAGGAAAGGAAUCGGAAGUUAUAUCUGAGUUUAUUGAGACGGAUUCAAACAGGAUAUCAAAUGUUGAUGAUAUAGAUUACCAGAAUGGACAGUUAGAUGCAUUGGGAGAUAGAAACAUAAUCAAUAGGAGUUUGAUUACGCAAACACUCUUGACGCAAAACGCAAUUAGAGACGAUAUAAUACAGAACACGCAACUGGAAAAUUACAGUGUUAUAUCCCAAGAGGAUAAUUUGGGAAGCUACGCAAGGAAAAGUCUAAUCACCCAGAGGAAGAGAGCACGAAUAGGGUCUAGUUCUGAUAUUCCUCAGCACAUUGUCAACAUGGAUUCAGUUCAAACAAAUCCAAUUGAAACAUCUCAAAAGUCCAUUGAGCCUAAUGGCAAAUCAAUGAGAAGAGUCAAAAGUUCAAAUCUUCCCAUUAGACGAAGCAGCCGCAUACCCAGAAUUCAUACUAGGUCAUGUGAUACCCUCAAAAUCCCAGCUGGCUCAUCCGUUAACCCUGUUGAUCCCGAAACAUCUCCCAAAAAUAGCACUGCUAGUGAUAAUUCGAAACUACUGACAGGUCUAUCUAGGCAUAACAUAGGGUUUAGCAAUAGACCUAGGAUACAUACCCAGAGUGAAGGCCAGGAUACUGUUUCAGUAAGUGGAAUAAGAUUAGGAUUAACCCAUAGGGGAUUAUCAGGAUUAACUGUCAAAUCUCCAAGGGAUAAACAAGAUCAGUUGGAUUCUGGAGUUUUAAUAAACAAAAUUGAAGCAAGCCAAAGAGGAAAAAUCAAUACUGUAACUGAAAUUGAUCCUAAUAUGACAGAACAGCGAUUUAUUUCCAAUAACAAGACAUUAAUUCAUGGAGGGAAUCCCCCAAUUAAAUGUCAUGUCACUCCUGAGACUCCAUCCCUGAUAUCCCAAGAUAUUGAUCAUGUGACCUCAUCGGGUCAAAGGGAUUCCCCUAAGGGGUUUCCUCAAUCAAGAUUGACCACUAAACAAAACAACAACAUUGAACAGCUGGGAGGACAGUCUAAAAAUAACUCAAGCAAAAAGCAGAUGGCAUUGAAAUCUAAAAAUAGCAGACGUGACCAGGCAGAUUCAUCCAGUGGGAUCCAGAUUGACAAUUCAUUAGACAUCAAUCACUGUAAUCUAACAGACGAUUUGGAUGAAAUAAAUUGUAAUGUCAGUGGGAAUGAUGGAUACUCUGAUGUUCACACACCUGUAGACAGCUUGACUGAUAACAGUCUGGAGUCAAUUGGGAACACUGUCAGACAGGCUACAACAGGUGUAAAUGAGACCAAUACAGGUUUAUUGAGGGGAUACAUGGAUGGACAUAGCAUGUGUAAUUCUAAAUCUGGAGUUUUAGAACAGACAGGUAGCUUAAAUGAAAAUGACCUUUCAAUAAUGGAUACCUGCCAGCUAAGCAAUAAUACAGAUCAGAGGAGAGAUAGCAUGAAUGAAAUUUUAAAUGAACAUCACCUGGCUAGUGACACAACUGACCAAAAUAUUGGAUUAACAACACUGGAGGGUAUUUUGUCCCCUGGGAGUAAAAGACGUCUUGCAAAGCCAGCUGUGGCUACCAUUGGAAAGAACACAAGUGGGACAUUGAUCCCUGGGACUUUUAUCCCUAGUCCAAGCAAAAUGCCAAGAUUGAAUACAAACAGGAGGAAAAGUCCCUCGAAGAAUGAAUCCGCUGUUUCAGCUCAGAAUUCCAAUAUCACCAUGGAGCUUAGGAAGCUUGGUAACCAUAGCAACAGAUAUAACCAGCCGAAAAAUAUGGAGAAAUCAGCCAACUGUAAUUCCAAUGAUGAAAUAAAUACGCCAGAAGUUUGUAAUCAAACUCGGAGCCAAGAUGUCAAAUCAACCGUGAAUAUUUCACCAAUUGUUUCUAUUGAUAGUGACCUGCUGAAUAAAUUGAUAGCAAACCCAGAAAAUGAAUCAACAAAAUUACUGAGCUCUAGCCAAAAAACAGCCAUGAAAAAUAAACCCAGCGGGAAUAUUAGCCAGGCUAAAAUAAACACUACUAGCCCAACAUUUGGAAGCAAUAAAUCACAGCAGGAUGGAUAUCAAAAUGUUAGAAAUGAAAUAAAUACAGGAUUAGAUAAUCAGGGGCCCAUUGCGCAAAGUACACCUGUAGCUAAUGAGGAUGAUGUAGUUGACCAUGAAAAUAAUGUAACUGACCCCAGGAAAAUGGCAACUGAGCUACAAAGUGAGCCAAUUCUGUCUAAUGAUGCAAUUAUUAACGAUAUAAUUACGAGUAAUGAUAAUAACAUAGACCACCAUAGUACUACAGGUAGCAAUGAAACUGUGCCUACCAGAGCAGAAAAUGACACCAAUAAGAAAAACAAAACAAACAAAAAUAAACCUGAACCCCCACAGGGCAAAAAGAUAACUUUGAAGCCUGAAAGAAAACUGAGGAGUUCUUCAAGUGCAGUCAAAAAACCAACGGUGCUUCCCCAAGGUAAAUUGAGUACAUCUGUUGGAAAAACAAGCACAGGAAAACUGAAUGGAAACCCUAGCAAGAACGCAAGGAACCCCUCAAAGAGCUCUACUAUCAGAGCAUGUUCUUCUAGUAGUCUAAACAAAUCACCUGUAAACAAACCUCCAUCCUCAGCUACUUCAUCUCUGCAGACAGCUAUGCCAAUUAAAGACCCCAGCAGCAUCCAAAUGGAGGAAUCCAGUGAAAAGAAAACAUUGAAUAAUAAAUCCCAGAUAUUAACUCGGUCAAGUGGAACAAAGAUGGGCUGUAUCAGAAUUGAGGAUUCCAGUGAGAAGAAAACAUCAAACCAACCCAAGAUGCUUACUCGAUCAAGUGGAACGAAAUCAAGUUCAAGUAAUCUGAAGCCCCCCAAAAAGAUAAACCUCAGUUUCAAUUCAAGUUCCUCUUCUUUGCCUGAUGUGAAUGGUAACAUAAGCAUUGAGAGCUGUGAUUCUGUAUGUGAUGUUUCCAAUACAUCACCCGGGGUGUCUUGUAACACAACAUCAAUCAAUCCGGGAGCCAGAUAUACCAACUCUAUUAAUAACCAUCUGAACCAGGAUCAUAACUCUGCAUCUACUGCUAAAAAGUUCAACACAACCUCAUCUCCAGCUGAGAUUACUAAUAUCUUAUCCGAGCAGAAAUCUAGAAACUCCUCAUCAAUUUCACACCUGGAUGAUGAUAAAUCUGAUAGCAGUUUCGAGAUCCCCAUAACUGAAGGUGAUACAGCUAAGGUCAAGGGUCAGGGUACCAUAGCAACAAUGGGAGAAUCAAAGAGGGUUCAACCAGUUGUCAAAGAUCAAAUCAAUCCAAUUCAACUCUCAGAAGCAGCUGCCCGUAAUAAAAAUCAAACACAAACAUGUGACGUUAAUGUAAAAACACAGAUGUUGACUGCUGGUAUAUUACAUAAUAACCCCUCCGAGCCAAAAUCUCACAGUAAUAACACACACAACACACAUAUAAAUAAAACAUGUAAUGUAAACUCAGAUGAUCUACCAAAAUCAAAACUCAAGCAAAUGAAAUAUCAAAAGUCGAACUCAACCAGCAAGAUUCUUUUGCUACAGUCUUCAUUACACCAGGCGCCCAGUAGGGGAACAGCAUCUAUGUCAGAUAUUAAAAUCCACGAGAAAAUUAACAGGAAGGAAUUCACAGUUGUCGGGGGUAAAUCAGAGCAGAGUCCUGUGUUGACUAAGGAAGGUACUGUUGAUGCUGAAUUAGAAGGGAUAAGGAUAAACUCACCUGGAGGAUUAUCUCAUGUAGGAUUAUCUCAUCAAGGAUUAUCUCAUAAAGGAUUAUCUCAGCUUGGAUCUGAUAAUAUUAGUACGAGCGAUGUUGGUACCAGCUCAAGCGGAAUAAUUACACCUCAGAAUCCACAGAUAACUCUUCAAGAACAGCGCAGUAGUUUAAUAUACAGACCGGCAUCUGGUUCUGGGAGCAUUAUGAACUUGAAAUCUACUGGAAAAGGUGCAAGCCAUCAACAUAAUUCAACAUUAAUGGAUCGGCCGACAUCCACAGUCGGGAAUGUAUUGAACCUAAAGGGCACAGGAUUCACUGGAAGGAUAGAAUGCGAGAAUGAGGACAUAACGAUGAAUGAUAAACAAGUCAAAGUACGACCGAAACGUAAGACAGCCACUAUCAACACUACUUCAGGAAGUGCACUGACAGGUAAGGAUAAAUCAAGCAGUAAUAGACUUAAACAAGCACCUGGAUCCGUUGAUAUGAAAUUGAAAUCAACCGUUGAAACAACUGGAGUUAAAACAGGAAGGAAUCGUCAUGUGAGUAGCUCAGAUAUUACGUCAAAAGCAAAACGAACCACAAGGUCAAGAAAUGUUAGCGAUGCUGGAGUUAUUAAUGACGAUUUAAAGCCACGCCUAACUGCCUGGGCGGCUAAAGCUAAUAGUAAAGCUAUGGGGAAUAAAGUUGGAACUAAAGCAACCAAUGGGGUCCAGUCGAGGGCCACAUCCAAGAUAGAUGCAGGCAGAUCAACAAGAUCAGCUAGUGUUACAUCACAUAAUUCUAGUGUGACAUCACAAAAUUCAAGUUUGACAUCACAUAAUACCAGUGUGACAUCACAAGACACUAAAAGGACAAGAAGUGGAAGCAGAACUACAACUCAAAGGAGAUCUAUAUCUUCAAGGAAUACUUCAAUCAAUCAACAUGAUGGGUCUUUAUUGAAAACAUCAAAAUUGACCUCAUCUAGACACAACAAUGGCAGCCAAAGUUCACUCCACAGUUCAUCACAAGCAUCACAUCACAGUUUUACAAGUGACACAAGUUCAAGGUCAUCGAAAAGUGACAAAGACAAUUCAAGGAAAGUUAGACCAUCUUUUAAAGCUACCACAAAGACGGCUCCUGCGCAGAAGGAGAUUUCUAAAAAUAACAGUGUCGGAAAUAUUAAGCGGACUGAUAAGCAGAAGUCACUCAGUGCAAGCUCUCUGGGAUCUAAUGGCACUGGAGCUGCACCAAAAUCCCAACAAACAACUUCCAAAUCCCAACAACAUACAACUACACUCCACCAAAAGACCUCAAAAUCCCAACAAGCCAAACAAAAAGACCUAACCAAACAAACCAAGCCAUCACUUACACAUAAUGCUAAACAGCAAUACCAAAAGCCGAAGUCACAAAACCAGCUGCAUUCGCCGAAUAAGAAAGAUUCCAAGAAAACUGUUGAUGCUAAAAACACACUAAACAAAGAAAGGCAUAACUCAGAAACCAAGAAACAUACAAUGGUAUUACGUAGUUCAACAAGUGGUUCAAAACUCCCAAUGCCAUUCAACAGAUCAAACACACCCCCUACAAGGGUAUCACAUCAACAGGGAAUGACAAUAAGUAAUGAAAUUUUUGAUAAGGGUAGCCAGCUGAUUGAUGGAAGAGCAAUUGGGCCAAGUAUUUCCAUUGAAAGUGGUUUUGUCGGCUCCCCUGAAUCAGUUGAUGUUGAACUCGGUGGAAAUUAUGAAAAGGAGGCUGACCUUGAGGGAACAUAUGAGACAGAGGCUGACCUUGAAAAGAAUCAUGAAGAAAAGUCUGCAUUCAACAACUCGAGAUAUGAAGAUGUUGAUUCUGAAAGAGCCAAUCAUGAAUGUACAGAAAAUCCUAAUGAAGAUUUAAAUGAAGAGACAGUAGAAGAGAUUUACCCAAUUGCCAAAGACAGACUUAUGAAGCCAUAUGAUAAAGACACAACAGAUGAGAUUAAACAGCUUGUUGAUAAUGCAGACACUUUUGAUGAUGUUAUUGUAAUUGCCAAAUGUGUCAACAUUGAAGCUGAUGAAGGUCCUUCAGAGAACAACAAUAAUCCUAAAAGUAAUCCUGAGAGAGUAAGCCAUAUUGAGAAGAAUGAGAGCAUUCUCCCUGGAGCAGAUGAGGUCAAAAAUGAUAUGAAUGUCCUCCCAAGAGAAAAUGAUACUGAAGAGGGAUCAGUUUUUAAUGUUGAUGACAUUGCUGACUAUUUCAGUGGACUUAAUGAAAAAGAAGCCAUAAGUACUGAACCCAUCAUAAAUCAAGAGAUUGGAGGAUGUGAUGUUAAGCAGGAAGAAACUGUUGCUCAUAUAGAUCAACAUGAAGACAAUGAUGCUCAUAUUGAAGAAGAUGUUAAUUACGGAAAGCUUCAAUAUGGUUCCGAAAGUAAGAUUGAAGACAAUACUGGAACUGUGGAUAAUAUGGAACACUAUGUUGAAAGUAUUAUGCCAACUGAACAAAAAACUGACCUUGACCUGGCAAAUGUCAGCUUUGAUGAAGAACUAGAAGUCACUGAAGUGAAUAAAAUAAGUGACCAAGAAUCAACCAUGACACCAAUAAAAUCUGCUGAAGUUUCAGUUGAGGACAGGUCCAUGGACGAAACUUCUCCGAUGGGCAAUGAUUCUGUCACUCUCGCCUUGAUGGUGCAUGAUGAUGUCAUAAUGAACAGUACGAUCGUGACACGGUCGCCUAUGGCGCUCAGAGUAGGCGAGAUCAGCCGGCUUACUCCAUUGAGUUUUAAGAUUGACAUGAAUGACAGUAAAAUGUCACUGGAAAAUACUAUCAAUGACGAUGUCAAAAACAGUGAUGUCAAAAAUAAUGAUGUCAGAAAUGGUAGUCGAGAUGUCAAAGAUAGUGAUAUUAAUGACAGAGACACAAAACAUUCCACUGGAAAUGAUGAAGACGAUGAAGACUUCACAAGUUCCAGAAGAAGUGAACCUGAGAUAGCAGACAAUGUUCAAGUAGAAAGCGACAAGCUUCUGAAGAAUUUCCCCAAAAUUAGAGACCUUGACAUUAAAGAUGCCUCAGUGAUUAAAGAUGAUAUUGUAAAAAAAUCCAUACGCCAUAAAUCUGACCCUACUGUCACCAAGUCAGCACAACUCAGAGAUGUGAAUAAACAAAAAAGGCCUAAAUCUGACUCUGAUUUGGCAGAUGUUACAUGUGAUAGUGUAACUCAGGGCUCGAAAUACGUCCUUGUAAAGUAUCCAACAACAUAUUCAAGUCCAAGAACAUACACCAGUGAGUCCAGAAUAGAUACAGAUAAAUCUCAUGUCGCAAAAGAUUCCGAGACGGAUGAAAAAUGUGAGAGUCAAUUUGCAAAAGAAGCCCAAGAUACGGAGCAGACGUCAUUGAAACUCAGACAGAAACAUGCAUCCGAGCCUUCGUACAAUAGAGGUUACCAUGGUGACCAACUGAACAAAACAAUCGCUGCAGACAGUCCCAGCAAGAUAUUGGAUAGGUGAGUAGAAUACUAAUGUUUUUAAUUAUAAGUAAAAAAUUGAAAUAAAAGCAAAUGAGAAUUUAAGUAGGAAACGCUGUAAAUUGUGAUAAGAUAUACUGCAAAAUCAGAGUAAUUCCAUUUGUGGGUGUUUAUAUCAAUACAAUGACCUUAUCCCUUAGAAGGUCGCAGUGACAUCUCGUUCUGUUGGCUUGAUAUUUCCAAUGAAAGUGAUUUACUUGUUACUACGUAAACCAAUUUCAGUAAAAGAAGUAUUUAAUCCUCUUUUAUCUCUGCCUAGACUAAGAUGAUUCUGUCUAAAACUUUUAAGCAAACAUAUUUUUGACAUUUUUGAUAUUUGACAUCAUGUCAGAUUACUGAUUCUGAAGUAGAUUGCAUUUUUUCUGUGUAGUUUUAAAGAAGAUUACAUGUAAAAUAAGUUCUGCAUGGUUUAAGAUGAUUUUUUUAAUCAAAUUUGCAUGUUUGGUACUGUUUUUAAGAUAAAUACGAGAAUCAAAGGCAAUUUUUAGACUGAGGCAAAAUAAAAUUUGGAACAAAUUAGAUUGAGGUGCUAGGGAGCAACCUAA